UUGUAACAGAUCAAUUCGAUUCGUCUGCGAAAAUGCUAAGCUUGACGCGCCUACUGAACUCCGCCCUAACGCUGCAGCCGCCGCAGCGGGCCGUCACUGCCGCCCUGGCGCUGCAACAGAUGCGCACUAAGACCAAAGUCGUGGAGAAGCCACAGCCCGGAGCUGGCCAGCAGUUCCGCCGGAUCGUGCACUUUCCCGAGGAGUACACGGUGGCGCCGCUGAAGAUCACACACCUGGCAGGGCGCGACCCUGUCAGCGGGCGCAUGGUGGCCAAGGGUAUCGGCGGCGGCAUCAAGCAACAGUAUCGCUGGGUCAAGUGGGUUCGUGACGGACCCGGCGAGGGAGCACCCCAGGAGGAGCUUGUCGUGGAGAUACUGCACGACGGUUGCCGGACGGCCAAGGUGGCCCUGGUGGCGGUGGGCGACGAGCUGAAGUACAUUCUGGCCACGGAGAACAUGAAGGCAGGCGACGUGCUGAAAACUUCCCGCGUGAUUCCGCGUAUUCCCGUGCGUCCCAAUGAGGGCGAUGCCUACCCAUUGGGCGCCCUGCCCGUAGGCACUCGAAUCCACUGCCUCGAGAAGAAUCCCGGCCAGCAGUGCCACCUUAUCCACGCCGCCGGUACCUUCGGAACCAUUCUGCGAAAGUUCGAUGACAAGGUUGUGGUUCAGUUGCCCUCCAAGCGGGAGUUCGCCUUCGACCGCAUCUGCAUGGCCACCGUGGGUCGCCUCUCGAACCCCGAGCACAACAAGGAGCACGUGGGCAGUGCCCAGCGCAUGCGCGAGAUGGGCAACCGACCACGGUCGGGCCUCUGGAAGCGUAAGGAGGGAAAGCACGGCCGCAAGAUACGUCGCCUGCCGCCCAUGACCACAAUAGCACCGCCGCCAUCACCCAAGCAGGAAGCCAUACAGUUGACGCUAGAUCUUUGA